UCAUCACCACCAUCGCCACCAUCACCAUACAAAAAGUCCUCAAUCUCGACUUUGACGAACAUUCGUCACUAACGACUCUACAAACCAAUAUCCACUCCCCUUAUCCUCCCCGAUAUUCAAAAUGGGUCUCUUCGACUCCAAGCUCAAGUUCCCCAUCCACAUGGUCCAGCUUGCGCUGGUCAUCGCGGCUCUUAGUCUCUCAGUGGCACGCAUCUUCCUCCCCAACCGCCCCAGGGGUAGAUCCGGCACGAUGGCUCUCGGCAUGGCCGCAAAGUCCCUCAUCAUCAUCGCAUACCAAGUCCUCACCGAGCACGUCUCCUCCUUUAAACGAUGGGGCAGUCUGAAAGCCAACCUGAUCCUCAACGGCAUGGAAGUCGUCUUCUGGGCCGCGGUCGCCUACAUGGGUAUUCAGGGCAACACACAAGCAGCCUGCCUGGGCGUCAGCUGCACCAUCGGCUGGAUCGUCGUCGUCAUGGGAAUCCUUCUCAGCAUCGUCGCCGGCUACGCCACCAUCAUCGCCUGGCUCGACUUCCGCUACUUCAAGGCCAACGGCGUCCGCCGCGGCUCCAUGAAGCAGACCGCCCUCGGCAGCAGCAGCGACAGCGAGGGCGGCCAGGUAUUUAACUCAAGAGAAGCAUGA